GGCGGCGGCGGCUCCUCCCUCUUGGCCUGGUGCCGCGUGCGAAGCGGGGAAAGGGAAGGCGGCGGCGGCGGCGGCGGAAGCAGGCGACCAGCGGCAUCCUCUCCUCCUCCUCUUCCAUCCCUCGCCGGCCGCCGCCUGCUGAGGAGCCGCUGCCGCUCUCCCUCAGCCCCCUCAUGACGGUUUGGUGCUGCCGGUGCUCCCUGGGCAGCCACUUCAGAAACUAUUGUAGCUCUGAACCUGAAGGACGCUUUUUGAAUUCAUUAGUGCAGUAUUUUGGUGACAACCUUGGGACAAAUGUUAAAACAAUGCCCUUGUUAGAAGAAACUACUCUGCCUGUGGACCCACCACUGACUUUGCCAAUGGUGAUAAUAGGUAAUGGACCUUCAGGAAUUUGCCUUUCUUACAUGCUCUCUGGAUAUAGGCCAUAUUUAUCUCCUGAAGCAGAGCAUCCAAAUCUUAUUUUGCACAAUAAAUUAAAAGAAGCCAGUCACCUCUCUCUUGUUGAUCAGGAUUUGGAGUAUUUUGCUGAAGGCCUAGAAGGACGCUCUUCGAAUCCUGUCGCAGUUCUCUUUGACACAUUGCUUCAUCCUGAUGCUGACUUCGGAUUUAACUAUCCAUCUAUUCUUCACUGGAAACUUGAACCACAGCACUAUAUCCCUCAUAUAGUGCUUGGCAAAGGGCCGCCUGGUGGGGCUUGGCAUUCAAUGGAAGGUUCUAUGCUGACCAUUAGCUUUGGAGACUGGAUGGAAUUACCUGGAUACACAUUUAAAGACUGGGCCUCUAAUAAGCGAAGAAAUAUAAAGUGUGACAGAGUUCUGCCCGAAGAAAUUGCUAGCUACUACAAGCACUAUGUUAAAGUAAUGGGCCUACAAAAGAACUUCAGAGAGAACACCUACAUAACAUCCGUAUCAAGACUCUACCGGGAACAAGAUCCAGAAGAUGAAAGCCAAGUGACCAAAGAUGCUUUGCCACAACAUUUGCUGCUGGAAGAGCAAGGUGGGCAGAUUACACCUGUCAGGAGAAACUGGGAAGUCAGAGGGUAUCAGACGGCAGCAGAUGGGUCUCAUGUGCCAUUCUGCUUGUUUGCUGAGAAUGUGGCUCUUGCCACUGGGACCUUUGAUGCUCCUGGGCGGCUCCAGGUUGACGGAGAAGACUCCCCCGUUGUGCUCCAUUCAAUAUCUGAGUUUGGAGCAACUAUCAACAAAGGAAUAUUACGUGGAAAACCUGACCCCGUUUUAAUAAUUGGCGGUGGACUUUCAGCAGCCGAUGCAGUUCUGUGUGCUUACAAUAACAGUAUCCCUGUAGUACACGUAUUCCGUAGGAGGGUCACUGACCCAAGUUUAAUUUUCAAACAGUUGCCUAAAAAGAUUUACCCAGAGUACCAUAAGGUAUAUCAUAUGAUGUGUACUCACUCAGUUACUACGGACUAUAAUUUACACUCCGCCUAUACCAGUUUUCCUGAACAUCGAGUACUUUCAUUUCAGCCAGAUAUGAAGUGUGUCCUUCAGAGUGCCUCUGGACAGAAGAAGAUCUUAAAGUUUUCUGUUGCUGUAGUAUUAAUAGGUUCACAUCCUGACUUAUGCUUCCUAAAGGACCAAGGCCAGGGCAUAGGCCAUAAAUCAAAUGAACCGAUUACUUGCAAAGGUAAUCCCAUUGAAAUCGACCCAUAUACUUAUGAGUGCACAAAGGAACCUAACCUUUUUGCAUUAGGUCCACUGGUUGGAGACAAUUUUGUACGCUUUUUAAAAGGGGGGGCACUGGGCAUUACACAGUGCUUGGCUGCAAAGAUGAAGAAAAGGCAUCAGCUGCUAGUUGAAAGAGAUGGAAUACCCUAGAACAAACAGCCAUAGACCUCAUGCAAAGAACCUCAGACAUAAUGCUAACAAGUCAUCUUUUAACAUCUACAGUUACUAGCAGCCUUGUUUUUGUUAUAUAUUCCACUCCUUCGUGCUUGCAUUGCCUCAUAGAAGAGGAUGAUAUUCCAGCCUUUGCAAAGUGCAGAAGUACUGCCUGUUUUUUUCUGGACUUACUUCCAGUUAAAGUAAUAAUUAUGAUUACUCAUUUGGAUUUGUUUUGGUUUCUUACCCUACUGAGAGCAAAUUUAGCACUUGAACAAAAAAGGGUUGCUUCCAUUAGCUUAGUGUUUUAUUAUAUAAAACUAGACCAAAAUCUAAAUUUUCCCAUAAAAUGAAGCAAAAUAUUCACCAAUUUGUUUGUAGCAAAACCUUUUAUUUAACUGGGGUCAUUGUGGCAAUUAUAUCGGAUGCCUUUUAAGUGGCCUAUAAAAUAAAGGUUUCUUUUCCUGAGUGGAAAUCAAAGUGUAUCCUAGAUACUGCUUCUAUUGAUAAUUGAAAACAGUUGUCAUAAAAAUGCUGUCUUACUAUGUCAAAGGAAUGGUGCAUUGAUUUUGGCUUCUACUAUUAAAAUAGUAUAAACUGAAGUGCUGUUACAAGUGCACUUACUACAUUAUUAUGAAAGAUGCAGUGUUUUUCAAACAUUAAUGGAGUGUAUCUUGUAGUACACUUCAUACCGAAAUAAUGAAAAUAGGGUAUAAUGGAAACCUUCACCUGUGUGUUGCCAGUGUCUCAGAAGCUAAAAUAUGCCUAAUUUUCAGGGCCCCAGUUAAUGAAAACACAUACAACUAUCCAAAGCAAGAUAACACAGAGAUUUCAACCUCAUUAUCCAAAGCCCAUUCAAACAGGGAACAACCUAGAAUUUCUUGCAGAUUUUUAUUACUGCAGACUCGCAAUAACUCCCAAAGUGAAAAGCAGAAUUAGCUUGUUAGGUUGAGCAUUCGAAAAAAGCAAUGUGUUGUUCCCUUACAUACUCCAAAGUGACUUUUGGCGAAUCAAGUCCAUAGUUAAGCUCUGGAGCAUGAUUGAUUUGAAUGGAUAUGAACCAGAUUAAAAAAUUUAUAUGGAUGUACUUACAGGCUGCAAUCCCUGUGAAUACAUGUCAAGUGUGCAUGCAAAUCAUAUUUUUCCCCAAUCCCUUCCCCCUCAAAUACUUUUUAAAACAGGGCACUGGUUCUAUUAAACCUUAAAUGUAUGUGAACAAAUGAGCAAGCAUGGGAAAGUGAGCAAAACAUAAUUUAACAGCAAUGUGUUACUUUUAUAGAAAUAAAAAUAAGGAUGUAAAUAACUCAAAAAGGUGGAAGAUGCUUAAUUCAGAUUUCCCUCCUCCCCCUUUUGUAUUGCAAAGCGCAGAAGAUAGUAGCUCUCGGUUCAAGUUGCAUGUGAGAUUAAAAGGAUAUUCAGUAUUUUUGAUGUCAGAUACUUAUUUUCAUUUUGCAGAUUUGCAUUCUUUCCAUUUCAGCAGCUGAGUAUAACUAAAACCGAAGUUCAUACAGAGAAUUUCAAGGUUUGCCAACAUGUUUUCAAUAAAAAUAUGGCAUUCCUGGAGUUGCCUUUUCUCUCUGUUAUGCACACCUAACGCUGUUUCUCUCUAGAUGCCUACACUUUGUGCCUCACAAAUGGAAUCAGAAUUACGAAAGUUACAUUUGCAAACUCAGGUUCAUGGCCCCAAAGUGAGGCACUCAAGAGUCAAAUUCAUAGUAAGCCAAAGAGGUGAUUCACUGUGUGCAAAAACAUAUUGCUUAUAACACAAUUUUACUUUGGUUUUUCACCCAAAACAAAAAAUAAAAUCCCUUUUAAGUAACACACCAUUUAACUCCUGGGUAGUUUAAAAUGCAGAUUGGAAGUUGGUGAGGGUGUUCCCAAGAUCAAGAUUAAAAUUUACAAUGAUGAUGAUUCAAAUAUGUCAUUAGAUGUGUGAAAGUAUACAAAUCAUAACCACUGUGUCAUUUCAAAACAUUGCAAAGUAAUUUAAUAAUGCAAAGAAUGAGAAAGUUUUUUCGGAGCUAAUUCUUACAGUAUUGUUAGCUGCUUUAGUUGCCAUAAUUAAGAUUGCAUAGUGAUUAACAUCUCCUUUUAAAAAUAUGUUGCUAGUGCACAAAGAAUGACAUACUUCUCAAGCAAGGAGGAAUGUAUAUUAUUUAACUUGGUUGGUCUGAAUCAUCUAUGGGUUUUGAAUGUUGUUUCAUUAGACUUUACAAUAAACCAUAUUAAUGCCCACGAGUUGCUGACAUACGUUGUUUCGCUUAAAAAAAAACCCCAAACAAACAACUCCAUGACAUCAGAAAGCAGUCAGUGCCUCUUCAGGUAAGCAGGAUAAUGAAUCUUUUUAAGUUUUAUGUGAUAGAUGCUCAACUGAUUUAUUAUGAGUAUGUUUAUUCUCUCUGCAAAAGAGUCUCAAAGCAGUUCACAGGAAAAGUAAACAAUUUAAAAUCUAGAAAUAAAUGAAACUUAAAAUAGAAUUAAAUAUUAAUGGUAUUAAAAAAUUUAAAAAUUAAAACCGAUUGAGGACUAGCUUGACAGAAAUCCGGAAUGCCACUUGGAUGUUCUGAGAUCCUCUGUAAACUAUCCAAUACCAUUUGACAUGCAGGGGAAAUGAAUUCUGUUUGAUAAUUAGAAUUCCAUUUUGCAAUGGAAUGACUUUAGGAGUGACUUUAUUACCUUUAUUGGGGCUGUUGGUCAUUCCAAUAUAAUGUUCAGGUUGCAUAAUUCUAUUUACUUUGUUACUUGGAAAGAUGACCACUCUGUUCUAUAUAGAGUAGCUUCUGGAAGCUAUAUAGAAUACAGAGUGAGGAUUUCCUGUGGCCUCCAUCUUUUAAUCUUAAAAUUUUGUUAUUAUUAUUAAAGCUGAGGUAUUUCUAUGUUUCAGUUCUGCAGAUGUCAGAUUGUGCAUUCAUGGCAGUUGCUGACAAAGCAUAUAAGCAGCCCACCUUAGCCUAGAACAGAUAGAAUAUGCCAUUCCCUUUUUACCGUAUUUGGAGGAGUUUACUGUUAAUGUUUUAGAUCAAAAGUGAACAAUUGGCCUUUCAAAUGGUUUUCACCAAUUCUCACUAGGCGCAAGCAGCAUGGCCAAUUGUGGAUUAUGGGAGAUGCAGCUGAGAGGGGGUGACUGUGACCCAACCCAUUUUAGAGGCCAUCUGAAAUAGGUAAUUUCUGACCUAUCAGUAGCUGCUUUUUGUGUGACUCAGCCACACUAUAUUGCCGUAGAAGUUGGCAUACACCAGCCAAGGAGCACAUUUUCAUAAUUAACUAAAGUACAAUGAAAAGGCUAGGAUUUGCAAAUACAGAGACAAGAAAGAAAAAUGACUUCUUUGAUUCUCACUUUAAUGCCAGUUUUGCAACUGAUAAAGCAGCUUGAAGGAGUUAUGUUACAUGAGCCUCAUUAAUCUCAUGCUGUUAAAUCUCAGCCUUGGAUUUUGUGCACUGUCUGAUGCUAUUGCUAAGCUUCUCUUGUUUUCUAAGGUGCUUUGGUAUAAAAUUAAAGCUGACCAAAUGUUGCUAAGCUGGAGGUAAUUUUGAAAGGUAAACUUGAAAGUGUUGAAUAAAUGUUUAGACAAUACA